UUACAGUCAAGAUCGCAUUCAAAAGAAAUUUGAAAGUUCGUUAAACCAUACUCAAGAAGCAAAGAACAAUCUCAAAGAUUCUGAUGAACUUCUCCAAAAUGCAACGUUAAAUCUAAAGAAUGCCAAAGAUUUAUACUCAAAUUUAUCAAAUUAUCUAGAUUCAAUCGAAGUUCCAAUAAAAGAUUUCGAGAGUAUGAAUGAUUAUACAGAACAGCAACUUUUUUCAUUAGAGGAUAGACUUCCCAAAGUUUUCGACCACGCAGCAAAUUUAUCAACGCGAGCAGAAGAACUCAAUAAUAUCCUACAUGAAACGGAAGGAACGUCGGCAAAUGCAAUAAGAGCCGCUAAUGCUUAUAAUGAUAUAGUAACCGCUAUAGAAGAAGCAUUUGCUGCUGCAGAAGAAAGCAAAGAAUAUGUUACUAACGCAUCAACGGCAAGAGAAGCUUUAAAUAAAAAAGUUGCCAAUGCAACAGAUAAUGCUUCAGAUUUAUUAGAUGAUGUUUAUGCAACUAAACAGAAUAUUCAAAAAGAACUUGAACCGAAAUUAUUAGAAUCUCAGAUUAAAUCUCGAAAAAUACGUUCUAUUCAUGAUAAGAAUGUUGAAAAAGUAAAAGGUAUCGAAGAUUUUAUUAAAAAUUACCCUUCGCAAUCAGUCGAUGGUCUUUUAAUUGAUGCUUUGGAUACUACAAAUACAGCAGAUGUUGAAACUCAGGAUAUCUUAAAACAAAUCGGGAGCAAUUAUAAUGAAGUUCCUCAUGAAACCAACGCUGCUAAAGAAUUACCAAAGAAACUUCAUAAUGCUAAUCAAGGAAUUGAUCAAGUUAAGCAACAAUUAAAUGAUAUUAAUGAGAAAUUACCGGAAUUGAUCGAAAAAUUAAAGAAAUAUCCUACGCAACCAAGCGACUUAGGUGCUAUUUCAGACAAUUUACAAGAUAAAAUUAAGAAAUUAAAUCGGCAAAUCGCUUUGGCAAGAGACAUAGCUAAUCGAAUUAAAGUUGGAUUAAGAUUUGAACGUAACACUACUUUAGAAUUACGUAACAUCGAAUCACUUCCAGAUCUUGCAACUUCCACUUACAUUUCUGGAUACUUCAAAACCAAAGAAAAAAAUGGAUUACUUUUAUAUUUGGGAAAUGAAGUUGGAACGAAUUUAAGAAGAACGACAACUGAUGAUUUCAUGGCUCUCGAAAUCGAAAACGGUUAUCCAGUUUUAACAAUAGAUCUUGGAGUUCGAGCUGAAAGAAUAGUUAAUCCGAAAUACGUCGCUGAAGACAUUUGGUAUCAAUUUAUCAUUGAACGUACUGGGUUAAAUGCAAAAUUAAUAAUUCGAAAAGAUCGCAGAGAUGGCACGGUUGAAGAAACGGUACAAGAAUACGUUUUGGACGGACCUUACACAAUUUUCAAUGUCGAUAGAAACCAAACAAAACUAUUUGUGGGAAGUCAUCCACCAGAAUUCCGAAUACAAGAUAGUAUCAGACAGAGUUCUUUUGAAGGUGAAGUUGAAGAUUUGGUUAUUGGUGAUACACCAGUGUCUUUAUGGAACUUUAAUAGUGGAUUUGAGAAUCACAGGGGUGCUUAUGAAAGGGAUAGAUUGAAAAAUCUUCACCCUAGUACGGGAUGUAGAUUUAACGGAGAAGGUUACGUUUUAGUCGACGCCAGAACAACUCAAUCGAUUAAUAAACGUUCUGACAUUCAAUUAAGAUUUAAAACUUUUGCAACAACAGGUUUGUUAUUCCUGUACGGCAAGGAAAGGACGUUUAUUGCUUUGGAAAUUCGAAAUGGAAAAGUUCUUUACAAAUAUAAUUUAGGAUAUGGAAUAAAAGUUUGGUCAUCACCAAACACUUAUAACGACGGUAAUUGGCAUUUAAUUAGUGCCCGCCGAGAUGGAUCCAAAAGCGUUUUAACAAUAGACGACGAACCAAUAGAAGACGUAACCCCAAGUGUGGGGGGAACCACUUUAGAACAAGCAGAUUAUCUCUUCUUUGGUGGUUAUCCGGGUACUCAUCACUUCAUUGAUGUAACCAAUACCGAUUUUGACGGAUGUAUUGAUAAUGUUAUAAUGAGAAAUCCGAUUGAUUUGAAUCAAAACGUCCGGGCAUAUGGAGUAACACCAGGAUGUCCUGUUAAAUUUGCGAGAUUGGUGUCGUUCUCAAAAACGAAACCGAGAGCUUAUAUGGAAGCGGGACCGGUCUAUGUUAAUAAUGAUUUUAAGAUGACACUUAAAUUCAAAACUAAAGAAAAAGACGGUUUAAUAUUCUACGCCACAAAUAGGGAACAAUCCGAUUCUGUUUCUUUGGCAUUGAAAAACUCUAAAUUAAUUUUAAUUAGCCAAAAUAUUGAACUGAGCUUUAACGAUAAUUAUAAUGAUAGCGAAUGGCACGUUGUUAGUAUUAGACAUAACAGCACUGCGUUAAGGAUUGAUUUGGAUGAUUAUGAUUUUAGAGAAAUUAAUCCUGAUGCACCUCCAAAACCGUUACAUAUAACGUAUGGUCAAUUAUUCAUUGGCGGUGUUCCUGAUGAGUACAUUAUCAAAAAAAGAAACGCAGCAACGGAUAAAUCAUUCGUAGGUUGCAUCGGCGAUGCUACAUUAAAUGGAACAAUUGUCAACUUUGCAAAUUCCACUAAUAAACUAGGUGAUAAAUUGGGCAAAUGUAUUUUAGAUGAACGUGACGAUAUAAGUUCAAUAGAUCAUACAGUUCCACCUUUACCACCUCUUCAUGAGUUACCAAAGGUAUCAACGGCGUUACCUGAGAUCCAAACUUUAGAUCCAUACAAUGAAGAUCUUGCGAAAAGUGGACGAGGCGAUGGCGGACAAGAUGCAGGACGAGAUAGUGGCGAAGUGGAACCAAUAACUGACGCACCCGAUCACGACGUAGUUCCUCCAGAUGAUGACUUCGAGUCUACGGAGGCAACACCUGUUACAUCACGUAUACCUUAUCCUCCACGCACUGUUCCACAGCCUGGAAUAUAUGAGCCGACUUGUGCAUUACCUUUGCAUCCGGUUAUGACGGAAAUUAAUGAGGUUUACGGACCAUUCAAAUUUGGAAGCGCCCCUGAAAGUAGAAUAGAAUAUGAACAACCCAGAGGGAAAUACAAGAAACAGUACGAAUUUAUGGUUGAAUUUAAAACACAAGCUACAAACGGAUUAAUUUUUUAUGCCUCAAAUCCUGACAAUUCUCAUUAUGUUGCGUUGUACAUGCAAGAUGGACAUCUUAUUCAUAAAUUUGAUGGAGGAACUGGUCCAGCAUUUAUGAAAACUGAUUUAACUUAUAAUGACGAUCAAUGGCAUAAAGUUGUUUUCACCAGAAAUAAUUCUGUGGGUUCUCUAAAAGUUGAUGGAGAUUCUUUCAGUUCAAACACUAGUCAACCUACGAUUAGAGUCGAUAUAGGUGCACCAUUUAUGCUCGGCGGAUUUUCACCAGAAAAAAGAAGCUUUAUUACGGACACUACGAAUAUCGAAGAUAACUUCCAAGGUUGUUUAAAGAACUUUGGAAUGAAUAGUAAACCCAUGGAGAAACCGGUUUCGCAUGCGAUUGAAUCCUGUACUGAUGGUACAGAAGAAGGAACUUUCUUCCAAGGCGGUUACAUCUCGUUGAAAAAUAAAUUCAAAGUUGGACUCGAAAUGGAAAUCAAAAUGGAUAUUAAGCCACGAAAUGUCACAGGACUUUUAGUCGCUGUACAUGGCAGAAAAGAUUUCUUAGUUCUUGAAAUGGUAAAUGGUGUUUUAAGAUUUACAGUUGAAAAUGGACGUGGUCCUAUUACCACUUCUUUUGAACCGGAUAGUAGACACUAUUUAUGUGAUGGUAAAUGGCACUCAAUUCAAGCUGUUAAAUCAAAAAGUGUGGUGACAUUAUCAGUUGAUAAAACGUUCACGGAACCUGGCAUAGGUGAUCAUCGAGCGUCUUCAACUGAUACUGGAGGUGUGCUAUUUUUGGGUAGUCACCGUUUAUUAACGAAAGCACGGGGUAUAGUUACCAGAAAACCAUUUUAUGGCUGCAUGAGGAAUGUGGCGAUUAAUAAUCAACCAGCUACAAUAUUGCAGAAUAUGAAAACGGGCGAUGUUACUAUUGGAUCUUGUCCAAUGAAUUAAUUAGAUUUAAGGUUUAACAAUAAAGUUUUGUAUCUUUUAUAUAUCUUUGCUUUCAUUACUUUUCUAUAAUCUUCUUGUCUCAUUUCUUUGUUUAUUCAAAUAAAAUAUGUUAAACUCA